AUGGUGGUCAUCAAGGCGUCAGUACAGAUUGGUGCACUACAGGACAGGGUGUGGGAUAUCGUGUCAGAUCUCGACCGCGAGCCGGAGUUCUGGAAGGGUACAAAAUCCGUCCGGAACAUCUCAAGGAAUGGCAACAGGGUUGUGCGGGAGGUUACAAUUGCGUUCAAGGACAAAAAAUGCAUGCAGGAGAUCACGCUCGAGCCAAGGAACAGGAUCGCCGUCGAGUUUACCGAAGGCAUAAUCCUAGGCUCCAAGUCCAUAGCACUGCGCGGAGGCGGUGACGGCACGACACUUGAGGCGCGGUGGGACAUCACGAUGUCUGGAAUGAUGGGCAUUUUUACCGGCAUGAUAAAAAAGCACAUCCGAAGCGGAACCGAGCAGGCGCUUUACGCAAUAAAGGAGAAGGCAGAGGGGUGA